AUGAAGGCACCCUACUCCUUGUCCUGCCUCCUGCUGCUCAGCCUGGGCACCUGCUUCCCUCCGGAUGACCGAAGAGGGCCAGGAGACCCAGGCCCAGGCCUCCCGCUGAGGCCCAGCUGGGGGGAUGCGGUGGCCUGGAAGAGGAGCGCCGGGGACCUGAGCUCGCUGUUCAGCAUGGCCAAGGAGCUGCAGGGUUUUGACCAGGAGCAGGCCGGCUUCAGGCAGCAGCAAGAGAGGCCAGGCAAGGAGGGUGGGGGCAUCCGCUUCCAGCCGCGGGACGACGGGGAGAAGCGCAGCGGCACCCUGGGCAGCCUGGCCGAGGAGCUCAAUGGCUACAACCGCAAGAAAGGGGGGUUCAGCUUCCGCUUCGGCAGGAGGUGACCGGCUGCCUGGUCCCGGGAUGCCCCAGGGAGAGGGGGGCUCACCCCAAAUCAGCCCAUCAUGCCACCCUGUUCCUUCCCUGCCCCUUCAGCUACGGGGGCUGGGGGAGAACGGGAUGUUUCAUAGUACUGGGUUUGCUCUGCUCCUUUCAGCUUUGUCCCACAUCCCAUCCCUGCCCGCUCUGGAUAUGGCAGCCCCUCGCGCCCAGGCAGGGGGGCCUAAAAGGAGGCUCCCAAACCCAAGCACGGUGCCCCACAGCUCCCCUUCCCCUGGCACGCAUCGUGCUGGCAGCCCCGGGGCCACGCUACGCCAUGCAUGAAACUAGGCUGAGCUAGCUCGGCAGCCAGAGGGGAGGCAGACUGAGUGAUCACGGUGGGAUAAUCCAAGUGCUGAGACGCUCUGCAGGGACUGCUGGGAGCUGACAGCCCGCAGAAGGCAGUGGAGGAGG